UGUUAUCUCCACACAAAAAAAAAUGAGCAACUUUAUCAAAUCUCAGAAACCCUCUCCAAUUCCAAAAGAAGAUCCUUGGCCUUUCUCCUCUGUUUUCUAAGCCAAAUUUUAUCGGAAAAUUUUAGAAUUUUCUUCCUUUUUAGCCUCCUUCUUUCUUCAUUGUAUUAUAAGUUAUGGGUUCUGGAGAAAAAAACUUGAAGAGCUUUCACUCACAUCAUUCUAAGAACAAUAGCAAACAAGGGAUCAAAGAUGUUCCGAAAGGUUGUUUAGCAAUCAUAGUGGGAUCAAAAGAAGAGAAAAAGCAAAGAUUUGUUGUUCCUGUUUUCUAUUUUAACCAUCCAUUGUUCAUGCAACUCUUAAAGGACGCAGAGGAAGAGUAUGGCUUCGAGCAGAAGGGUACCAUCACAAUCCCUUGCCACGUGCAGGUUUUCCGGUAUGUUCAAGACAUGAUCCACAGAGAGAGAUCGAUUAAUUAUCAUACUAAUCAUCAUAACCAUAGCCAUAAUCAUCUUGUUGGAUGUUUUAGAGCUUGAUGAUGAUGAUGGUGUAUGAGCGUGAUCAUUAGUAUAUGACGAUGCAAUCAAGCACCAAAGUUAAAAAAAAAAAAAAAAA